AUGCCCAGGUCCAAAGUUGGCCGUACUCGAACUUUUACAGGAUGCCGAACGUGCCGACGGCGACAUACCAAAUGUGAUGAAAGACGCCCAAGCUGUCGUGUUUGCGGACAGUCCGGCCUAAACUGUGAUGGCUACGGAGCCCGUUUGCAGUGGGCCAGCGACAAUAGUGCCGAGUUAGCAAACGAUGACCAAGCAUCCGAUUUACACAGGCUUCGUUAUCCACUAUUUUCUGGCUCCCAAACAGCCGAGGAUGUCUUGGCAGACCUUGACGCUGGUUCUAGAAGAUUUCGUAGGCAAAAGGUCUUCUGUCUGUUCAAAGGACCGUUUGGCGCCUUUCGAGUCUCGGAAGGUGGGCAAGUACCCGACUCUGCCGACUCCAACGCUUCACCAUCGAGCGAAGAUAUGUGUGUAUCUCCAGACCAUCCAGAGGGUCAAGAUCAUGUCACCCGAAAUAGCGACGCUGAGGAUGUUGAAAAUGAAGAUUGGAUGCAACAACUGGAUGACGUGGACUUUGAUACUUUUGAUGUUCCACUUGAUUUCAUUCUCGAUCAAGAUGCACACCAAGAGCUUGGCACUAUCCAGUCCCUGAUCACGUAUCCAUCUUCGGACCUGUUCGCAAGUAUUGCACCAGAUCUCCUGACUACGCCUUGUGUUGAGGUGAACCAACUCCCCGAAGAAAUUACCAAAGACAUUGUGAGUUUGAAGGAACCCUUGAACGAAAGACAAGAGACGAGACGAGACUUGAUACUUCGCGAGCCGGCUGGGUCUACCUUCGAUUCAGCUCUACCCGAGGAAGCCUCAUCUCUGCUUCGGCAUUAUAAGCAACAUAUCGACGCUACCACAGCUGCUCUAAAAGCUAAACGACAAUCUCCAUGGCAGCUCAUGUUCUUACCUUGUGCAUUCCAAACCUUUGCCGAGCUAUCGCUACUUGGAACAGCUUCACACACUCGAGUGGCUGUCCUUUGUGCUUUACUAGCUCGAAGUGCCUUUAAACUAUACAAGACAGACCCAGAUGCGACAAAGUCCAACUACUGGCGUAUCGUGGGAUCCAAGAAUAUGGACAAAGCACGAUACCACUUACAGAGAGUACUAGAUCAAGAUAUGACUUUGGUCCACACAGUGGAAUAUGAGGAACUAUUGAUGGCAUUUCUCGCCAUGUCAAUAACUUCUCUGUACCAUGACGGUCGCACCCCCCAGAACCUUUUGCUUGACGCUGAGAAGUUGAUCCGCCUCCGUAAAUCUUUUACUGGUGGCCCCCAAAACGUGAGGAUCCUACACCACGUAUACACAUAUCUACGUGUUAUAGUAGAAAGCACAUCGACCUGCAUAUCGGAUGCAGCAGGAGAUAGAGAAAACGAACCCCAUCACAUUUCACCUCCUCGCACAUUUCGUAUCAGCGAGGACUCUCUUAAUGUUGGCCUUGACCCUACUGUUACUAAGACUGCAGAGCUCGGUUACGGGGACAUCCAUCUUGAGGUGCAGGGCCUUUGGGAAAAAACAUUACACUCGACCAUACACGGAAUUCCAGAGUCUUUAAUGACUCUGCUUGCACAAACAAUCUCUCUCGCUAACGAAAAGAAACAUCUAGAGACAGGUGGUCUGACCAACUCGAAGGUGCUGAGUGACUUGAAGAGACACACUCAGACAUUAGAGAAACGAAUAUGGUCCUGGCAGCUUGACUUUGAACUAGCCAUUAGUCCCCCUUCUGCCGACCUAACUUCAAACUCUGACCUCGAGCUCAUUCACCACCCUCACACCCAACUGAUGAUCUUAGCGGUUCAUCGAGCACUCGUCAUCUACUUCUAUCGCCGAGUUCACGACGUUAGUGCUAUGGUUCUUCAGGAUAACGUGCGUGAGACUAUAGAGUUUCUAGAACCUUGUAUCGAAACUUUGGCAGAUGAUGAUGACUUCACACCGAGUCUAGCUUGGGCCGCGUUUGUGUCUGCGUCUGAAGCCAUUAAGCCAGAACUACAGCAGAGAGCGCUGAAAUGUGUGACAAUUACGGACAACCAGGGCUUUCACUACGGUCCCAAGUCAUCGGCUGAGGCUGUUAUGUCGAUAUGGGCUGGGCGACAGAGUACAUGA